AUGGACCUCCAUCAAGCCCCGAUGGAGGAAUACAUUCAGAAACAGCCAAGUACAGACUGGCAGCCCUUCCAGAAAAAUGAAGAUAUAGAUACAUUAACAACAUCCACACAACACCCAGGUCCACCAAAAAGACGCAGGAAAAGACUGAACGAAAACCCAAAGCCACAGAAUGCUUGGUUAAUUUACCGCAACGAAUACCAAGACAAUCUCAAAGCAAGCGGUGGUGAUAUCAGUGAUAUGAAAGUAGUCUCAGCAAUGGCAUCAGCCGCAUACGCUAAGCUUACAGAAGAAGAGCGCUCUCGAUACCUCACACUUGCAAAGAUCGGAAGCGAGGAGUUCAAACUAAAGCACCCAGGAAUCAAGUUCAAGCGCCGCACCAAGUCAAAGGAAUCCAAACAUGAUGCAAACACAAACACAUCUGUGAACUGCCAGCAGUUUAGAAAUGAUGCCCUAGAAGCGGAUGGGUUGUCGUCCAUAGAAACAGUCUUCUCAUCCAUGCUCUCAAAUGAAUCAAUAGACAAAGAGCUGGAUGGUGGUCAGCAGGACGUUCUUCCUCACGUACUAAUGUACGAGUCCUGUCGCAUAGAUCCGACAAAAUUGCGUCCACGUUUCUUUCCACGGUCGUUUGGACCUCCUGAUACCGACUACAGUAUGAAUCCAUUCUCAUGCUUUGGUAACGAGCCGUCUCCGUACUUUGAAAGCUCAUACUCGUUAUUAUCUUCCUCCGACUUCAAAAGUUUAUCUGAUAAGCCUCUUAUUUGA